CUGACUCCUGACGUGGCUGCAAACGUUCGACGUGAACUUCGACGACCAUGCCCGCACCGGACUGGGAUCUAAUAUCCUCCUACGCCGGCCUGCUCGCCCUCGCCACUGUUUCUAUCUACGCCGGGUCCCAUGGCUCCCUUCCGUCAAAACGCGCGGUGAGAGAAGCGGGCGCGCCUGAAGAGGAAGAGGACGAGGAAGAGGAGGAUAUUACGGAGCGGCUGUCCAGCUCGGACGCGUGGAUGUUCCCCAUCACGGGCUCCGCGGUGCUGUUCGGGCUGUACCUCGUCGUGCGCUUCCUCGGCAAGGAGUGGAUCAAUUCGCUGCUGGGGUGGUACUUUGCGGCGGCGGGCGUGGGCAGUGUUUGGCAGUCCCUGAUUGCGCUGACGCGCGCGGUGCUCGGCGACGCGCGGUGGAAAACGUUCGACAGGGUGAAGCUGCUCGCGCUCAAAGGGCGCCGGGAGCUCGCCGCCCUCUCCUUCCGCACCCCCUCCCUCCUCCUCCUCCCCGUCGGCGCCGCCCCCUCCAUCCUCUACGCCUUCCUCCCCGGCGCGCGCAGGUCCGCGCUGCUCAGCGACGUGCUCGCGCUCUCCUUCGCGCACAGCGCGCUCGCCCUGCUCCGGCUCGACUCGUUCAAGACGGGGUGCAUCCUCCUCGCGGGGCUCUUCUUCUACGACGUGUGGUGGGUCUUCGGGACUGAAGUCAUGGUCAAAGUAGCCACCCAGCUCGACGUGCCCAUCAAGCUCCUCUGGCCCAAAUCCGCGUUUCCGAGCUUCUCCACCGCGCGCGGGUUCACGAUGCUCGGGCUCGGCGACGUCGUCAUCCCGGGCACGUUCGUCGCGCUCGCGCUGCGGUACGACCACCACCGGUUCGUCCAGGGCGGGGGAGGCGAGGGAGGGACGUUCGCGAAACCGUACUUCCGCGCGGCGAUGGGCGCGUACGCCGCGGGGCUCGCGGCGACGAUGGGGGCCAUGCACGUCUGGCGCGCCGCGCAGCCCGCGCUGCUGUACCUCAGCCCGGCGUGUAUAUUGUCGUUUGUGCUCACUGCGGCCGUGAGGGGCGAGCUGGGGGAGGCGUGGGCGUGGGCGGACGAUCCGGAGGCGGAGGGGAAGGCGAAGAAGGAAAAGGAGAGCGCUGAGGAAGCGCGGGACGGGGCGGAGGGGCACGGGGUGGGCGAGGGAGAGGGAGAGGAGGGUGCCGCAGCGGUUGCUGGUGCUCUCACUGCGGGCGAGGAGACGGAGGGGGAGGGGAAAGGGAAGAAGCGGAGGAGUAAGAAGAAGAGGAGCUGAUUGUUGAGGGGCGCGCGAGCGCGGGAGGUAAUUCAUUGGAUUCGAUGGUAAAGUACCAAAAUGCGCAGCGCUGGGCGCGAUGCGCCUCGUUUAUGGCGACAUCAUCGUAUCCAAGAGUUCGCCGUACCACUACACUACCGUAAGAUACCCCUGCACUUACACUACGAGGCCAAGGCAUCCGCGCUCGACUGAGC